UCUUUGCAGCAUAACCGCCAGGAGUCUAUAUCACCUGAAUAUCAUCGUUAUUCCAGUAUUGGUAAAUUACCCAAGGCUUCGGCAGCAGCGGCAAAUUCAAAUAAUCCAGCAUUGAAUACAAAACAUACCGUUACCGUUGAUAUUCACAGCAGCAGCACCAGCAACAGCAAUAACAAUCUUCAUCACAAUGUUGGCAGCAACAACACCAGCCACAAUGGUACAUCAUCGUCCAUCAGUUCGACGGGCAGCAGCAGUCUGCAUGGUCACCACCACAGCAACAACAACGGCAACUAUGGCGAAAUUCAUGCCUCAUCAUUUGCCACACCACCGACACGCCGUCGCUUUUUCAAUCACAAAAAUUUGCGCAAUGCCUUAACUAACGGUGUCAGCGGUGUGGUUGGUCAUCGUCGUACCGCUUCGAAUGGUGGUGUUGGCAGUGGCUGUCCCAUUGAUACAUCCUCGAUAUUAUCCGAAGGUAAAGAAACGAAUGCCUUGAAUACCUCAACAUGUUCUGAUUCGGCUGUGACACGAAGACGCCGCAAAAAUGUAAGCAGUAAAUUGACCUCAUCAUCGGAAUCAACGACUGGCAGUGAAAAUCGUUUGAAUCGUUUAAGUUUGGCUGGAACAUCGGUGUAUGCUGGGCACCUGUCAUCGCUGGUGUUGGGCAAGAUCAAAUCGCUGUGGAGCGUAAAUUCGAAUUCAUCGGAAGGCGGUCUAAAUCAAUUUACAGCCAGCGAUCAUCUGGGCUCGGAGGCGGAAAAACAAAAAGACCAGCUACGUGCCCGUUUGGGUCUGCUACUGGAUCAUGAUCAAAACGGCAAUGCCAGCAAUACCAUCAACACCACCACCAGCAGCAGCGGCUCAUCGCACAACAUUAGCCCCGAACAGACCUUGGCCACCGGCAGCUCUGGCCUUUCCGUCGAUCAUUAUGGUGGCAGCCAGCUAUCGGUGGCCACCAAAGAUGACACCUACAGCUUAAGUGGUAAAAUGAAAUCGUGCUCCCUCACCGACAGCAAUGGUUAUGAAAUAUUACCCCUAAAACCACGUAAAUCGGUAGCCAGACGUUCGGCCCGCUCAGCCCAAUUGGGCGGGAAUAGCAAACGGAAUGCCAUUUAUAAACCUGCAGCUUUACAGCAACAACAACAAACGCCUCCUGCCAUACAAUUGCCCCUGAAGCCGUUGUUCUUUGAGGUACCCUUGCAGGAGCCGGAUCCACCAUUUAUUGGGCGCCAGUGGCUCAUUCGAGAACUGGCCAAUACUCUGACAGCCACAGAGACUCCAGGAGUUUUGAUAAAUGGCAAUCCAGGCACCGGAAAGACGGCUUUUAUUCUACAAUUGGUGGAAUAUUCUUGUUUUGGGCGACGCAAUGCCGCCGCCACUAGUGCGGACAGUGACCCGGAUGGUAUCUAUUACCAAAUCAGCUCGGUUACCGAUCGUCUUCGCUCCUUGGCCUCCUAUGUGGUGGGCUAUCAUUUUUGCCAGGCCGAUGCCAAUCUAACCUGUUUGGUACCCGACUUUGUUCACUCUCUGGCUGCCCAGCUGUGCCAGGCUCCCCAAUUGGCCGCCUAUCGGGAAUAUCUACUCAAUGAAACCCAUUUACAGGAUAUCCUAAGUGUCAAGGAAUGUAUUGCCGAUGCCGAACGGGUCAUGCGAAUGGCCAUUUUAGAGCCCCUGACCGUCCUUAAGAGGGCUGGAAAAAUACCUGCCAAAACUUGCAUUAUCCUGGUGGAUGCCCUGUGUGAGGCGGAAUAUCAUCGCCCGGAUCAUGGCCACACCAUUGCCACAUUUCUUGCCAAAAUGACUCAAUACUUCCCCUCCUGGCUAAAGGUGGUGGCCACGGUGCGCACCCAAAUGUUAGAAUUUGUCAAAGGACUGUCCUACACCAAAAUGACCUUGGAUAGUUGGGCAUCCAAUGAUCUACUGCAAAAGGAUAUGCUGGACUAUAUCACUUUUCGGGUAAACAACUCCAUGGAAAUUCAGAAAAAUGUGGCUGUAGUCAAGGAUCACAACACCGGACAAUUGAAAUUCAUUGGCCACCUCCAGACGCUGACAAAGGGAUCCAUGUUAUAUGCCAAACUAAUCUUGGAUCUGAUUGAAAAGGGCCAACUGGUCAUCAAGUCCACGAGUUACAAAGUGCUGCCCAUUUCAUUGGCUCAAAUCUUUCUGCUGCAUUUUAAUCUGCGUUUCCCGACGGCCUGUAGUUUUGAAAAGGCUUCGCCGAUUUUGAACGUUUGCCUGGCUGCCCUCUAUCCAUUGACGCUGAACGAGAUCUAUUACACCGUAUGCGCCAUGAAAACCGAUGAAGUUAUGCCUUGGGAUGAAUUCUUGCAGAGAUUCAAGUUGCUCGACGGCUUCCUGAUCAAGCGUAUCGACAACACGUAUAUGUUCUUCCAUUCCUCCUUCCGGGAAUGGCUGAUUCGCCGUGACGAAGGAGAAUCAACGAAAUUUCUGUGUGAUUUUCGUUUGGGUCAUGCAGCAAUUGCAUUCCGUUUGUCAAGGUUGCAGGCUCCGCUGGAUGCGGAACAAACGCUGGAAUUGGGCCAUCACAUGCUGAAGGCGCACAUUUAUCGCAACAAUCAGGGUCCACAAUCGCCAAGGGAUAUGCAAUCGUAUUGGGUCUCCACCGUGUCCGAUAAUGUCUCGGCGGCCUUGGGUUCCUUGCGCAAUGUCUACAGUCCGAAUUUGAAGGUGUCCCGCCUUAUUCUGCUGGCUGGAGCUUCUCCCCAUUAUCGCACGGAAUUUAUGGGCGAUGCAACCAUUCUUUGCAUAGCAGCCUAUGAAGGUAUUGUGCCCAUGGUUAGUUUGCUGCUGGAAUUUGGGGCCGAUGUGGGUCUGACCAACAGCCAGGGUUGUACACCCCUAAUUUUGGCUGCCAUGAGGGGUCACUGUGAUGUGGUGCGUCUCCUGGUGGCCGCCGGCAGCAGUUUGGGUCAAUGUGAUACCACCCAACGCUGUGCCUUAGUUCAAGCGGCCCGCAUGGGACGCCUCAAUGUUGUGAAAUAUCUGCUGGCCUGUGAUUGGACUCCCCGACCCGAUUCCAAUGAUGUCAAUCUGCCCACUGCCAUACAUCAGUCCCUGAUUGCGGCCGCCUCCCAGGAUCACAUUACAAUUCUGGAAGACCUGCUGGAUAUGGAAGAUAUUGAUGUGAAUACCAUUGAACCUUGUUCUGGAGAGUUGGCCUUGACCUCGGCGGCCCGCAAUGGCUGCUUGAACACUGUUGAGGUGUUACUGACACGUGGAGCCAACAUUGAUCUACACAAUAAACAGGGUUUCACUGCUCUUGGCCUUUCCGUCAAAGAGGGUCAUUGGGCUGUGGCCGAUAAACUCCUACAAAAUGGUGCUGAUCUCGACGAACCUGUGACUUCGGCAAGAAAAACCGCCCUCAUGAUUGCGGCUGAAGAGGGCCAUUUGGAAAUACUUGAAAUGCUCAUUGAACGCGGCGCCAGUUUAGAGACCCAAGAUCAUGAAGGUUUCACAGCCCUGUCAUGGGCCUGCCUUAGAGGACGCCAGACGGCAGCCAAAAUCCUGAUAGACAAGGGUUGCAAUAAAAAUCAUGCCGAUAAUAAUGGUCGAACAGGUCUCGAUUUGGCCGCCUAUCAAGGCUCCGCGCAUUUGGUCCAGUAUUUAAUGGAUCAGGGUGCACACAUAGAACAUGUUGACAUCAAUGGUAUGCGACCAUUGGAUCGGGCUAUCGCUUGCCGCAAUAUCCAGGUGGUGCAGGUGUUUUUGCGCAAGGGUGCCAAACUGGGCCCGACCACAUGGAGCAUGGCCAUGGGUAAACCGGAAAUUCUGGUGGUCUUACUGAAUAAACUACUCGAAGAUGGCAAUGUGCUGUAUCGGAAAAAUCGUUUCCACGAAGCUGCCCACCGCUAUCAAUAUGCCCUGAGGAAAAUCUCCAAUUUGGAAACGCUUCUUGAGCGCAGCGCCGUUUUUGCCCAGCUGAGAACGAAUCUAUUGUUGAAUUUAUCCAGAUGCAAGAGGAAACUAAAUGAACUUGAUGAAUCAAUAGAUUUGGCUUCGCAGGCUAUUGCGCAAAAACCCAGCAGCUAUGAAGGUUAUUAUGCCCGGGCCAAGGCACGCAUGGAACAUGGUGAUUUGAAUGAAGCCCUAGCCGAUGCCAAUGAGGCCAUGCAAAAGGCGGCCCAAAGUGGCGUGUUAAAUGAGGUCAUAGAAGUGCUCAAACGUAUACAGGCUGAACUGCUGCAGCGCAUAACAAACGAGGGACGUAAUCAACAGACUUCCUCGUCCACUUCGUCUGGUUACGAAGUAAGCAAUGCCAGCGGUACAUCGGCGGCCUUAAACGAUGGAGGUGCCUUUGAAUCUCAACAAGAGAUAACGGAUUUAUAAAUUCAGAGAGCCUUACAUACACACA